CUCAAACUUAAUUUAACAGCAUGCGGAGGACAUUCUAGUCCAUUUCCUCUUUGGGUUAACUCAACAACUGACUAAAACAUAUUUACUCUUCCACCCUACAAUCCUGUGUGUAAGCCCGAGAUUUUACAAACAGCAUCCAUUCGUCUUUAUCUUCACAUUUGCAUGUUUCUUAUUUGCUCAUUUGGUCGGAGGGUGGUUUUGUGAGCGAUCUGUUACACCAUGGAAGAUGUCUCGCUGGCACUGCUGUCACUGCCGUCGUCACACUUACCGUCAGCAACAGAGAAUGAUUUUACUAGUAUAAGCCAAAGCAGCCGUCCCCCACGGAGCCAGGAACCUGAACACACGCUGAAACCUGGGCUGAAGGAAGUGUGUGAUGGAGAGGAGAGAUUUGGGACUGCUGAGGAGAACUUCUCCCAUGUCAGCGAGAGUAUGUCGCUCACAUCGGGCGACCAAGAGAAACUCCUCCUGCUCAACAAGAACAUGGAGCUACGCAGAGUCAACCAGGAGCUGAUGAAGCUGAACGAAGAGUGGGACAGGGUCUAUCGCCACGCCACCGCGGAUCUGCAGCAGAGGCUGGAGUCUCUGGUUCAGGAGACCGCUGCUGCUAAACAGCUGAAUAAACGACUGCUGCUCAGAGUGGAGAACCAACAGAGUACGAGGGACUACUACGAGCAGAGCCUCUUACAGGAGCUGAAGAAGAACCAGGACCUGCAGGACUACAUCCGCCAGCUGGAGGGCAGAAGGGCCCAGAAGCACGCCAAUACCGCCCACACAACCCGCACAGACCGCACCGCCGACCAACAGGGUCUCCGUGAUUUCGUCCACAUCCCAGAGCCCACUGUGUCCCCCUCCUCUGAUAUCCGAGCUACCCCCGCCCCCCAAUCCGCCAGCUACGGCUCAGGGUCCCGACCUCAAGGCGGCUUCCACCCCUCCUCCUCCUCCUCCUCCUAUGCCUCUUGCUUCUCCCCGUUCAAUCACCCGGAGGCAGGACCGCCUGACAUGGGGACGCAGUACCGACCAGACGGAGACCAGGAUCUGAAGGAGCAGCUUCAGGCCCUGAGAUGUCAGACGCAGAUCUAUGAAGCAGAGUUUCAGACAGAACACAAGGACCACAAAAACACAUUGCAAGAAAACCGGAGGUUGAGGAGGAAACGAGAGGAAAUGCGUCAACAGGUGGCGCUGUUGCAAGAGCAGCUUAAGGUCUAUGAGGAUGACUUCAGAAAAGAGCGGUCAGACAAGCAGGUACUGCAACGUCUGCUUGGGAAAAAGAAUUCCCCCACCAAGGAUGCCGUACUUGUUCAUCGCUGCAAUAACGAGCAAAAACCUCCAGGUGGCGACAAAGGAACGCACAGUGGAGAGAGAGCUCAAGGACAAAACCAUCCGCAUUGUCCCAAUCAAUGUUACAUCGGUACUCUCUCGAAUGAGAAUUUAGAUUACUGAUCCUAAAUUACCAAAAUUACUGAUCUAAAAUAAUAUCGAUCUCAAAUGUGUCUGAAAGGGGCGAUUAUAUUUCGUUCGCUCACAUUUGUGAAGACCAAUCAUGAAUGGGCUAUUAAAAGCGAAUACUGGAAAAUAGUCGUAAAGUGUCUUUAAUGGUUUCAAAUGGUUUCAACAGCCCCUGGACUAGUCCCUUUAUAAAUAUACUUUUAGAUCCGCCCCAGGCUCUGUGCCGUCUCCCCCAAGACAUUCAGCCAUCCAAUUGGAGGACUGGAUCCUAUAACCGGGGCCCUGACGAGCUCCGAUUAUUCAGAUUCUAGAAUGAUAUUAUCUUUAGACAUUAAUUCAACUCUUACAUUGUUACAAUCAUGUAAAGCGAAUUAUUCUUUUUUUUUUUAAUUUGUUUAAAUAAUAAUACCUAUAUAUUUUUUGACAAUUCAUAUAAAUUAUGCCAUCAUAUUUAUGUUAUGCCGUGUGUGUCUUAUGUAGGAAUGUGUGUGUGUGUGUGUGUGUGUGUGUGUGUGUGUGUGUGUGUGUGUGUGUGUGUGUGUGUGUGUGUGUGUGUGUGUGUGUGUGUGUGUGUGUGUGUGUGUGCGUGCGUGUGCGUGUGUGCGUGUCUUUCUAACAAUAACUCAUUCUCAUACAUAGACGCCUCGACCGAGUCAAUGUGAUAUGUUGAUGAGGUCCGGAUGAUGACAUUUCAAUAAAAUGCUCAUAAACAAUCAUA